CAGGGUUAGAGACCACUGGCAUCUGUGAAUAAUAUCAAAAGAGAACAAGCUGUUCUGAUAAGGAGCAACACCUACACCCACAUACAUACCAAGACCUGUCUAAGGGCCGUUGGAAAGAUAUAAAGGAGAGAGGUGUAAACAGAAGUUUGAGACUCUCUUCUCGAACUCUGAAAAUUAGUGCUUGAACGGUUUCUCCUAUUUGGCCAAGUUGUAAAAUUUGUAUUGCUAAAUUAUUCUGUGACCCGAUUAAAUUAUUUUCCUCCGUUGAAGGUAAAAUCCACGACAGUAUUGUGACAAUUGUUUGUGAAACGUGCUAUACAAAUCAAGUUUGACUGACUGAUAUUGAUAUGCUACCAUCGUUGUGAAUUGUUUCUUGGUAGACCCCAACGAUACCUAUAUCGGACUCCGUGUCUUUAAUCAUAAUUGAAUUAGGCUAAUUGUUAGUGGCACAGGUAGGCCUAGGGCUAUAUUCACCUACCCUGGCUUGAUUAAUUUACUCCUGUAACGGCUGGAAACAACCCCACAAAUCCCGACUCGACUGACUGCGUGCUUUCAAGAGCAUGAGAAGAGCAGUCGUGUCAACAACGUGCGUGAAACGAUCCAGAAUACCUAUGGAUAUGCCAAAUAAAGGUUGAUUCGAUUACGAGUUGGCUACAACAUUGAAGCUUCGUAAAAGGUGUGCCAUGGUUGUGUUGGAGCUUGUGGCCCAGAUCCCCCUGCCCUUGAUGCUUUUUGGGGUGGCAUCUCUGCUGUAUGUGCUCUACCUGUUCUCUUCCACCCCUGGGUGUGCAAAAUGCCCACCAGGACCCAGACCACUGCCCCUCCUUGGGAACCUGCUCCAUCUGGACCUCACAAGGUUCAACAUCUGUACCCAUGAACUGUCUAAGAAAUACGGAUCUGUGUUCACUGUACACCUCGGCCCAAAGAAAGUGGUCAUCGUGACGGGCUACAAGGCAGUCAAACAGGUCCUCUUGAGCCCCUCAGAGUUCCAAGAAAAGGACAUGCUUGUCAUCUUUAGAGAAAUGUUCCAUGGACAAGGUGUUCUGUUUGCCAAUGGAAAAUCCUGGAAGGCGAUGAAGCAUUUCUGUCUUGGCAGCCUGCGCAACUUUGGAAUGGGCAAGGCAGCAGGGGAAGAGGUGAUAAUCAAGGAAUGCAACCACUUCAUCGAGGUACUGGAGAAGUUUAAGGGCGAGCCUUUCGACGUCGAGCUUCUGGAUGCCUCCGUCUCCAACAUAAUCUGCACCAUCCUGUUUGGCGACCGCUUUGACGACGCUGACCCCACCUUACGGGAAAUGCUUGCCUAUUUAAAGCAAACUAUAGACUUGAUUAGUUCUGCUGAAAUACAGCUGCACAGCGUAUUCCCGUGGCUGUCCUGGUGUGGUGGUCUGCUACUGAGAAAUCGGUCCGAGGCACUGAAGAACUACCGAUUCUGCACUGAGAAGAUGAAGGUGCUGGUGGGGCAGUUUAAGGACACUUUCAGCCCCCAGGACUGCAGGGGAAUUGUGGACGACUUCCUUUUGCAGCAGCUCAAGGAGUCAGACCAGCCAAGCUCCUACUUCUCUAACGGCAACCUUCUUGGUAUCGUCCGCGACAUGUUUGUAGCAGGGACGGAGACCACUUACAUCAGCCUGGUCUGGGGUUUGAUCCUGAUGGCCAAGUACCCCGAUAUACAGGACCGGGUUCAGGAGGAGCUGAGCCAAGUUAUUGGGCACCGGGAACCUCGGCUCAAGGACCAGAAGAACCUACCCUACACAAACGCUGUGAUCCAUGAGAUCCAGAGGUUUGGCAGUCCCAUUUCCAUGAUCACUCGCACCACCUCCUUUGAUGUCACCUUCCAGGGAUACCUUAUUGAGAAGGGAACGAAAACGCUCCUGUCCCUGGAAUCAGUGUUGCGGGAUGAAGAUGAAUGGGAGACCCCCCACAGUUUCAACCCAGGCCACUUCCUGGAUGAAAAGGGCUGCUUCACCAGGAGAGAUGCCUUACUGAACUUCUCUGUGGGGCACCGGGCGUGUCCAGGAGAGAGCCUGGCCAAGAUGGAGCUCUUCCUCUUCUUCACCUUCCUUCUGCAGAGGUUCCGCUUCUCGCCACCGCCAGGCGUGUCUCAGGAUGCGCUGGACCUGAACCCAGUCGCGUGCUUCGUCAAAAAGCCCUCCACACAUCGGCUUUGUGCCCGGACCUCGGCCUGAACCUCUGGUAUUCUGUGCCUAACCUAACCUAAUAAAAUCUUUCACGUUUGUUAUUGUGAAAGUUUGCAAGACAAUCUCGUCACGAGCAUCUGCUUGAUUUAAUAAAUGCAUACCCUCCA